AUGUACACGUCGGAGCUUGAAAUGUUUACAAUUAUCUUUUUAUUUUUUGGAUUGAUUGUAUACUGUUUAUUGGACCAUCACCACAAAGCAAAACUGAAUCAACUAUUUUUAGUUAUCCAGUCCUGUAUUUUAGGCUAUUCCCAAAUUAUUUGGGAUAGUCUAAUUAAGAAAGAAGAAUUACCAAAAAAGAAUGUCAGCAAACAUGGGAAACCAAAAAAACAAAGGCGAAAAGUAAGGAGACACACAAAUAUGAAAAUUAACACAAGCGUAGGAUUAGAUACUGAAGGGGAAAAUACUGAAUUAAAUGCAGCGGAAAAUUUGGAUGCAUAUGAUAAGAAUUAUUUGUCUGAUUUUGGCAAAAAUUCGACAGCAGAAAAUUCGCCGAGAAUUGCCUGCUGUGUUGAGGAUGAAACAGUAAAUGAGAUGGUUAUCAACGAAGAAGAGUUUUUCAUUGAUACAUAUAAAUCAGAUUUCGGGUUAUUUAGUGGACCAUGCAUUGAGAGAAUGUCUAUGGAAGCGCUAAUUUAUGAUUCACAGGGUAGGAGAGAAGAUUUCAAUUAG